AAAGGGGGUGAUGCGAUUAUCGUGGAUAUUUUAUCGCACGAUAUAUCGCGGUAACAUCGCCAUAUCGUGGCAACCGCAAGCCAGCGUUGUGUUAAUAUGCUCUCUGCAUGGCUGAGAGCCUUAAGCUGAAUGUUACCAUAGCGACAAAGGACGCCAGCCUCUUUCUCAAGCCCUGCCUAUAGACUCUGCCACUAAGUGGACAGACAGAGCCGAUCUUAGAGCUCGUUCUGUGUAACAUAUUAAACAUGCAGGAAUGUUUCAUCCGUCGUUAUCCUGGGUUCCGACUUACAGCUGUCCGCAGUUAAAACAACAAAGACGGCGAUUUUUUUAAAGACCGACCUGUUUACCAACUCUCAGAGCGACUGGCUACUAUGGCCGGGCGUGGCAAACCAAGGACGAUUUCAUCCAAGGUACCGCGGUUUGGGAUCGUGUGCGAGGCUCAAAGGCAGCUCCUCAUACAGCGAGCGUGCAAGGAGGCGGAGAGCAGGGCCGAGCGAAGUCUGACUCAUCGCAGCACUCAUCCCGAUCCACUGCUUGUGACGGAGGAGUUUGUUCAUGGCUUCAACUCACAUCAGCAUUCGGCGCAGGACAGAGAGAGGCUGAACAACACAGCACAAGCGAUGCUGGCCCGCUGUCGACGGCGAGCGGGGAUCUUCAUGAGAGGACGCGGCCCCCACGUGAAUUUGCCAAGUGCCUGGCUGGAGCUUUCCGUCCUUUCUCAAUGCAGCGGACCCACAGGGAUCGAGGCUUUGCAAAUUCUGUGCACUUCCGCUGAGCAGACCGAGCUGAAGCCGACUGUUGCGUCUCCCCUGCUGGCUCUGGCUAAGUGGGCCGUCGCCCACCUGCUCGCCGACGGGGCGAGAUUGCAAGGUCUUCCCGUGUUCGCGGCCAACACGGCCCUGAGUCACCUCACGCUCCUACGGCUGUGUGAAUGUGUUUGUUUGAGACUCUACUGCCUAAAGCUCACAGGAGCCAUUCCCGAAAACAACGCCUUUGAGGAAUACAUGCACGGACUCGUUGAACUGGAAGACGCUUACUCGCUCGUCCCGUGCGCUCGCCUCUCGGUCAACAUCAUCGUCGCCGCCAGCGUCGCGGAGUCGAAAUUUCUCCCCGAGAGCGCGUCCGGUCAAUUCCUCCGACGGUCUCUGAUGCUGUGGCUUUGCGUGCGGGAUCGGAAUCGUCACAGCGACCACCACCACCAGCAGCAGCAGCAGCAGCUGCUACUUGGACACGCACUCAACAGUGCCCAGUUUAUCCGCGAAGAUGAGUGGACUCAGGGAGCGGUGGGACUCCUCGUUCUGGGCGACGCGGCAGCCAACGGGGCGACCUUCAUCCUUCGGGAGCUGCAGCAGAGCUUCGCCGGUGUGCCGCCUUACCCCGGGGGGCUCGGUGAGAGCGGAGCCGCCGCUACCGCCACCGCCGCGUUCCUCUGGCUGUGGCCGUGGCAGAUGUCCUGCAUCUUCCCCUCCGUACUCAGCGACGUGGCCCUCCACGGCCGCACAGCCGAACUCCGAAAGAGGGCCCUCGUUGGCGAGGCGGGCUCAGCCGACGAGGCCCUAGCACCUUGUGGGCCCGGAUCGGGGCCAAAGGGCGGUGGACUCUUGCAGCUGACACAACUCAACCACGACGACGGAGCCGGGCCCCCAGUCUCGCUCAGCGCCGCCGUGCGCUGCUCGUCCGCCCGCGCCCUCCGCCGCCUCUGCCGUGGCCUCCAGCGGGCGAGCGGGGAGGACGGCGCCUCGCCCCGCGGGCUCCCGUCGCGGCGGCGACCUCGAGACCCGUUCCUGGGGAGCGCUCUCGGAGGAGCGAGCGCCGCGGAGGAGCGCGAGAGAGAUGCGGCGGUGCAGGUCGCCUGGAGGUUGGCCCAGGAGGAGUUCAGUUACUCAGAGGGACCAUUGGCCGGCACUACGGGGUCCUACCUGGCCAAUCUGCUGUGCGGAACACAAAGUAACCACCACCACCCACCACCACCACCUAAGGACGAGGACCAAGACAAGACAACACCUACGACCAGAGCCUCUCGCAGAAAUCUGCGGCAGCCACCUGAACCCUCCGCGGGAAAGCUUCCUCGGAUUUCUAUCCCUGCAGGUCGAAAAUCCGGCCCCUCUCUACUCGAGAGGGCCGACCUUGACUUGCGACAGAUUGUGGACGGCCAAUUCGUCGGCUGCGAGUGAAAGAUUGGCCGGGGGCGAUACAUACAUAUAGGUUUACAACGAGAAAAAAGGUUGUUUGUUUUGUUGCUGUUGGUUAUAUCGCGUAAAUAUAAAAUGUGUCGCUAAACCCGCCACCACCCAACAUGGCCAAUUAAGGGUCGUCAGGUACCCAAAGCGUGCACAUCAGUUGCUACUUCAGCACACCGGUGUGUAAACCCCUAAGUCAGUGUUCUUCAUUGCAAGGCCCCACGGGUCACUGGGCGGCCCCUGGUGGCCUUUAUUGUGCCCCCUGACGUGGGGCCCACCCGACAAUCCACAAAGAGAGAAGUCACCCCCCCCCCCCCCCGAUCAUCAUCAUCAUCAUCGUCGUCGUCGUGCUGCUGUCAAACCCAGCAAUGGUUUCAAAAGCGUGGCGGCCCACGACGCACUGACGAUGUCUCAUCGGCGACAGUGGCCCGGACCACUUUGAAAAUUCGUGAAGACCACCGCUCUAAGCGCUCUGGGUACGGACCCCCCAUACACCCCCCAUACACCACCCCCAUACACCCCCCCCCCCCUCCAGGUGCUCAUUGGCGCCAGCAUCGAGAGCUCUCGUGGGUCUCCGAUCAUCCGAAGCCACUCGGCCACACUCCGCGGCUCUGCGCAAGCAGCAGAUGGCGCCAUAGAACGAGAGUCGCGUUACAGUCGUGGAGCCUGCCUCUUGACUGCGGGUACCGAUGUUGAACUUAUUUCGCACCAAACGUAGCCAACCGUGCUAAAUCGGAGGUGCGGGGGCGGGGAGGACAACAAACUUAACACCAAAAUCAGUUCAAAAGAAAUGAGUGUCAAUGUCGAUGAUUAUUUAAAAGUGCACAGCUCCCAGUGGCUUCAAAUAUCGAACGGAAGAGCAUUCCAGACGGCCACAAAAGCGCAUCUGAAAGCACGCGAUGCGGUGACCGCGUUUUUGUUCGAUGGCUAGCAGACAAAUGCCGCUGCUGCGAUGAUGACCACGGCAGUUCGCGUAGUGGUGGUUUAUGCGCCUUGACGAGAUCAGCAGCAAGGUAAUUGUGGUUCACUCGUGGCGAGCGCUCUGUGUGUGUCUAACGAGUGCGACCUUGAAAUUCGUUCGGCAACAGGAAGCCAAUGCAACUCGGCGAGCAUCGGACUCAUCUCGCAGUAACCCGGUCACGACACGUGCAAGAGAGUUUAACACGUAGGCUUUCGUGACCAAUAUCAUCCAUAAUAGAGUGGUUUUUUUGGGGGUUGGGGUUAGAUCGCAUAAAUAUAUAAAUGUGUCGUUAAAACCCACCACCACCCGAA